UAAUUCGUCUUCACGUGUGCCAACAUCGUCGGCAGUUAUCAUAAUUAUCACCCACAAUACCACCACCCCCACUCGUUAAUAUCCCGUGAAAUACGCAAAUAAAACAGGUGAGAAUCGCAUCCGCUAAUUUGUCUCACGGAAAAAAGGCAAAAUUGCGAUCUCUGCGCAAUUUUCCGGGAUUUUUCAUUCCAAAUUUUCGCCCAUGAUAUGUGUAAAAAAAGUGGGUUUUCUUGCUAUCACAGGUGUUCGUACGUACAAUAAUUAAUGAUAAGAGAGCCACAGGGAAUUUACUUUUGUGCUCAAAGGUGAAAAAAGUGAUUUUUUUGGUGAAUUUUUGUGCAGUGUGAGGGAGUUUUAGAGAAGAGAGUGUGAGGAAAAAUCCUCAAUCACAACAAACAGAAUUUUCGUGAAUUUGGGAGGAAGAGCGCACAAAAACAGCCAAGAUGACUCUCUUAUCUGGUGGCGACAACGUUAUUAAAUACCUCCUCUUCAUAUUUAAUUUUCUCUUUGUGAUCACCGGUAUAAUUCUCCUUUCUAUCGGUCUUGCCGUUCAAGGAGUCUUCUUUGGGUAUGAACACCUCCUGGCUGAUAGAUUCUUCGCAAUUCCAGCUUUUCUCAUCGCUAUUGGCGUUAUCAUCUUUAUCAUUGCCUUCUUUGGAUGCUACGGAGCAAUCAGGGAAAACUACUGCAUGGUCCUGACCUUCUCUAUUCUCCUGGUUUUGGUCUUCAUCCUGGAGCUGGCUGCAGGAAUCAGUGGCUACGUCCUGAGGAAUGAAACAAAGACACUGAUCGACAGGAGUCUCCGAGACAGUAUGGUGGGCUUUGUGACUCAAGAUGAGGCCGCAACACACACCACAGCUCUUUGGGAUUCAAUUCAGAGAAAUUACUACUGCUGUGGCGCCUACAACUCCACUGAUUGGAUUGCUCUGGCGGAGAAUACAAAGAAUCAGACCCCCAUGUCCUGCUGCGAGAUCCCCGUGGGAUUGAUGGGACCUUUUGAGUGUGAUCAACCACUAGCCACCAAUAGGACAGGUUGCGUCGAGGAGUUUGGCUCCUUCAUCCAGGCACACGCUGUAAGUUUGGGAGCUGCCGGAAUUGCCAUUUGCAUCAUCCAAUUCAUCGGGAUCUUCUUCGCUUGCUACCUAGCGAGACAGAUAAAGAAUAAGCAGGGAGGCCAUGCAGGCUUCUGAGUUAGCAGCUAAACCAAAUGAGGUUGUUUCUUUCUAAGACAAAUUCCACCCAAACCCCCUCUAAUUUCUGAGGACCUGAAGAAGGUGGUUUUUGUUCUCCCAAAAAUACUGUAUUUUCCUCUUUAUUCUUAAUUUAUUCAGCACAGCAAAAUCAGGCUGUUAAAAGAUAAAAAAAAAACAUCCAAAUGAAAUUUUAUUACAUUUUCUUGCUCCAUCGAACAUUUCAUUGAUUUAAAGAAUUUUUCGCCCAAGAGAUUCAUCGUGUAUACCUACAUAUAAAAGGGAUUGGCUAGACAAAUAUAUUUUUUUUGUAAAAUUAUUUGUGAAAUUAAAAAAAAAAUGUGACAGAGAUAAUAAAAUGGAUUAUAAAAGUGA